ACCGGACGUCGGUUGUCGGAACCCGUCGCUGUGGGUGUCCGGUUCGGUCUGUGACCGAGGGAGGGACUGACCGCUGCACGCGCUAGAGCAUAUCCGCGAUGGAGUGCGCGCGACGGGUGAAGCUGCUCGCGCUGUUCGUCCUGCUGCACGGUCACGUGCUCACCGCCCGUAGAUACGGUUGCCUGUUUGACGGUGAGCUAUGUGAGCAGAGUGAAGUCUGUGCCAACGACGGGCUGUUUGGUCGCUGUCAGCGUGUUACUGCUAAUGUUUACUCGUAUGGAACGUCUCCAGCAGCACAACAACAUCUGAGGAACGUCCUACAAAAACUCUCCCAUCAAGGUUAUACGAGGCCGGGUGAUGCGACCCAGCUCAUGAUUUCCAGAGAACUGUUAGCGCCGCGCAAGACUCCUCUCCGUUACUCAGGUGAAACCUUUCCAGCUUCAAGCUCCAGGACUCAGACUGAGGACGGGGACAACAGGAAGUUGGAGGAAUAUCUACAGGAACUCGGCUUUCUCCCCGAUUAUGUCACUUCCUCCAAACCCAACCUCCAAGUGAAGCCCAAACCCAGUGGGCGGGUUAAUCUCCAGCGUUUCUUCAUGGACCCUAAGGGACGGCCACCUUCAGUGUCCUCCAGACCUCGACUUCAGUCCCAGUCUGCUCCUAGAGGACCAUAUUGGACCGGAUCUGAACCGCCGGACCCGACCAACACCGACCUCCUGUCUGACCUUCUGCAGUACCUCUCUGGUCCCAAGAGCAUCGCUAUUCCACCUCAGGAGGAGUUCAAAUACUCAAGACUUCUGGGCACCGGCCCUGCCAAAUCAGGACAGGAUUCAGGAAGACCUCCCCGCCCAAGAAUCGACAGACUGACGUUUGGGUCCGGACUGAACCGUCCCUCUCAUCAGGACUCGCUCAGUUCAGUGGACGAGAGGUUCGUCCAGGGUGUGGUGAAGCAGCUGGGCAGGCACAGCAUCAACACGGACACCCUGACCAAGAGCGACCUCGACCAGCUCUCUGAGGACAUCGCUCAAGUCCUGCAGGUGGUAGACGGGGUGGACAGGGUCCAAGGUUCCAGAGUCACACCCGAUGACAAGGGGGAAACAAAGAGAGAGCCUGGCGAUGGGGGACAGCAUGGAGAACAGGACGGAGACGGGGUCGUCCCUGAAGCAGAUGGACGACCUGAAGACAGAAGUCAGAAGCUGGAUGAAAUGGACCCUUUUUUAGGGUUACUCCUGGGCCACCUGGACAGUAAGUCAGAGCCAGAAGCUUCAGAUCAUCCCCAGAACCUACCACCCAUUUUAAGAUCCAUGAAGCUCCCACAAACCCCCUCUAACCUGAAGGCAGCCGGACUGGAGAACGUCCGCAGUCGAACCACCCAGACUGACGUGGACCUGACGAGGAAGAAGACGGAGCCAGACGCUUCGGGUCCGGACCAACCAGGAGAUGCUGAGGUGGAACGAUGGCUCCAUGGUGGAGAAGCCAAGAAGAACAUGCCUGAGGAAGAAGGGGUGGAGAAGAAAGGCGUAAACGUGGAGGAAAAGCUCAGGGUGGAUGUGGCGGCGUACUCCAGUCCCCAGCGUGAUGGAUACUUCGGAUACAUCAUCACAGACGACUCUCUGUCCACUGACCGUGGACUGAACCUGAUGGAGAACCUGGCCAGGAGAGCCAACAUCCGAGUGACCGACUUCCUCCAGCUCUCGGUUUUGGGACCUGCAGUUACAUUCCGCGUGAAGCCCAACAUCAGCAACAUCAGCACAGCACUGCUGGCUAGAAUAGCAGUGGAGCACAAGGGUGAGCUGGAGGUGGAGAGCGGAGUGAAGAUUUUGGAAGCUGGACUCAGUGAUAGGUCCAGACUGAAUCACAUCCCGGUUGUAAAGCAGAGCCACCUGGAGCCCGACAACUUCCUGGUGCUGAUGCUGGUGUCGGCGGCGUUCGUCGCCGUCGUGCUCGGCCUGUCGGGGGCGCUCUUCUGCGUACGCCGUCACUCCGGUUACGAGCUGAAGGAGAAGCUGGUCGGAAUCGGGACGGAACCAGGAAACGAUGCCACGACCGCCUACCAGGAUCUGUGUCGGCAGCGGAUGGCCGAGCGAGGUUGCGAUGUUUUCCACACCACCCACACGUCCCGGAUCAACAGCGUCUCCUCACAGUUCAGCGACGGGGCGGCGGCGGCGGCGGCUCAGAGUCCAUCAGCACGGAGCAGCACCUCGUCAUGGAGUGAGGAACCGGCUCAGAGUAACAUGGACAUUUCUACUGGACACAUGAUCCUGACGUACAUGGAGGAUCACCUGCAGAAUCAGGACCGGCUGGAGAAGGAGUGGGAGGCGCUGUGCGCUUAUCAGGCCGAGCCGGCAACCUGCUCCUCCGCUCAGGAGAAAAACAACGCCAAAAAGAACCGAGCCAACAGCGCGCUGGCAUACGAUCACUCCAGAUUCCUGUUGAAGGUGGAGAACAACCAGAACAGCUCAGAUUACAUCAAUGCCAGUCUCAUCAUGGACCAUGACCCUCGUAACCCCGCCUACAUCUCGGCUCAGGGGCCUCUGCCAGCCACCGUAGCUGAUUUUUGGCAGAUGGUUUGGGAAAGUGGCUGCGUGGUGAUCGUCAUGCUAACACCUCUAUCAGAGAACGGAACCAAACAAUGUCAUCAGUACUGGCCGGAUGAAGGAUCGGACCAGUACCACAUUUAUGAGGUCAACCUGGUCUCGGAGCACAUCUGGUGCGAGGACUUCUUGGUGCGCAGUUUCUACCUGAAGAACGUCCACACCAAUGAGACACGUACCGUCACGCAGUUCCACUUCCUGUCCUGGAUGGAUCAAAAUGUUCCGGAGUCCGCCCGGACCCUGCUGGACUUCCGCAGAAAGGUCAACAAGUGUUACCGAGGCCGAUCGUGUCCCAUAAUAAUCCACUGCAGUGAUGGAUCAGGGAGAAGUGGAACCUACAUCCUCAUAGACAUGGUGUUAAACAAACUGGCUAAAGGUGCUAAAGAAAUCGAUAUCGCUGCCACGCUGGAGCACCUGAGGGAUCAGAGGGCCAACAUGGUGCACACCAAGGAGCAGUUCGAGUUUGCUCUGACCGCCGUGGCUGAAGAGGUGAACGCCAUCCUGAAAGCUCUUCCUCAGUGAUGCGGAUAGACGCUCACGUUUUUCUUCCUCUGUCCUAUCUUUUUGUGAAGCGGUGACCCGUUCGUCCUCUUCCUGUUAACAGAAGCUGAUCGGCGUUAGAGAUUAAUAUAUUUGGAUAUUCUGUACUCAGUUCUCUAUAGCUUUACAUUUAUUAAUCUUAUAUUUAUUUAUAUGUGACAUAAAUAAUAGGUUGUAUUUUGUGAUGCAGUGUGGACGACACUGUUUAAAACUCCCCAUAGAUCCCAAAUAUAUAUAUAGAAUAUAUAUAGAAUAUAUAGAAUAUGUAGGAUAUAUAAAGUGUGUAUUAUACACUGUAUGGGCAAAAGUAUUGGGACACGCCUUGUAUUUAUUGAAUAUUUAUUCCAGAGUUUAUGAGUUGCUAACAAACUGGUGUAACAAACCAAUGACAUAAAGGAAAUGACGUGCUUCCGACAUUGCAGCAACAGUUUAGGGAAGGCCCUUUCCUGUUCCCUGACCUCAGGAGCUCUGGAAUGAACCAGAACAUCAACUGAGUGACUAAAUGGGCACAAAUUCCCAUACACAGACAUACUUCAAGUCUGGUGGGAAGCUUCUCAGAAGAGCUCUGUUGUAAAAUGGGACAUCCAGCAAGCUCACAGUCAGGCGUCCGAAUACUUUUGGCCCUAUGGUGUGUAUUAAAGCUUGAUAUUUUGAUGUGUGUGUGUGUGUGAGGUAGGUUAGUUUUGUGCUGAACGUAUAUUCAGUGUAUCUACACACAGGGUAUGUAGUGAUUUUACCAAAUAAUCCACAGAUUAGAACCAAUAAAUGUGAAGCUGCUGUUUUAAAGCUGUACAUAAUAUUUUUGUGAAUAGUAUCAUGCUUAAAUAUAUAAUAAAUAUUAAUAUAAUACUAAA